AGGGAGUGGCCGAGGGGGGUUGCUUCUCCUCUGGCCAAUCUUUGGGAACCCAGCCGGGCCAACCCAGGAUUCCUAAAAGCCAAACAAGUGUCCACCUGUCCACCUCUGGCUGACCAGCUGACCGGUCUUCUCAUCCUGUUUCCCUCCGGCCCGCAGGUGAAAAUAAUGACGGAGAAGGAGCUCCUGGCCGUUGCCUGCGAGCAGUUCUUGGGCAAGAAUGUCCAAGACAUCAAGAACGUGGUUCUGCAGACGCUGGAGGGACAUCUUCGGUCCAUCCUGGGCACUCUGACCGUGGAGCAGAUCUAUCAGGACCGAGACCAGUUUGCCAAGCUGGUGCGGGAGGUGGCAGCGCCAGACGUGGGCCGGAUGGGCAUCGAGAUCCUCAGCUUCACCAUCAAGGAUGUCUACGAUAAAGUCAGCUACCUGAGUUCGCUGGGGAAAACCCAGAUCGCCGUGGUCCAGCGAGACGCCGAUAUCGGUGUGGCCGAGGCCGAGCGAGACGCCGGCAUCCGGGAGGCCGAGUGCAAGAAGGAGAUGCUGGACGUGAAGUUCAGGGCGGACACCAAAGUGGCCGACUCCAAGCGGGCCUUUGAAAUGCAGAAGGCCGCCUUCACUCAGGAGAUCAACAUUAAGUCGGCCGAGGCCCAGCUGGCCUACGAGCUGCAGGGCGCCAAGGAGCAGCAGAAGAUCCGUCAAGAGGAGAUCGAGAUCGAAGUGGUCCAGCGCCGGCGGCAGAUCGACGUGGAGGAGAAGGAGAUCGUGCGGAUGGACAAGGAGCUGAUCGCCACUGUCCGGCUGCCGGCCGAGGCCGAGGCCCACCGCAUGCAGGAGAUCGCCGAGGGAGAAAAGGUCAAGCAGGUGCUGAUCGCCCAGGCCGAAGGGGAGAAGAUCCGCAAGAUCGGCGAGGCUGAAGCGCUGGUGAUUGAGGCCAUCGGCAAGGCGGAGGCCGAGAAGAUGAAGCUCAAGGCAGAAGCGUACCAGCAGUACGGGGAGGCAGCCAAGAUGGCCCUGGUGCUGGAAGCCCUGCCCCACAUCGCGGCCAAGGUCUCGGCGCCCCUCUCGAAGGUGGACGAGAUCGUCAUCCUCAGCGGAGACAACAAGAUGAACCGGCUCCUGGCCGAGAUCCCGGCGUCGGUGCAUGCCCUCACCGGAGUUGACCUCACCAAG